AUGCCGAAGUCGAAGCAUGUGUUUCUUCUUUCACUAGCCGAAGGGUAUCACAAGAUCGAUGAGCAAUCAGAUAAAAGUGCAAACUUAAAAUCAGACGAGCCACAUCUGGAUGUGACGAUGGAGGCCAAGGACGAGUGCCACUGGGUGGGUUGGAGUGACAGAGGUGAGAAUGAGCUCUAUGAUACCUGA